AAUGUUCCCCCAGUGUCACCAGAGUUCCCUAUUCCCAGCUGAGCUCUUCCAGCAAAUGCAGGCUCCUGUAUGUGCAUCUACCCAGCAGUCGGGACCAGAGAAGAUGAGGAGGAAACUACUAUUUUUAUUUGCUUACUUCAUCUGCAUACUCAACACCGGGGUAUGUGGAGACUCUUGGUCCCUCCAAGUAUCGAAGGAUGUUACCGGUGAUAUAGGUAAAGCCGCCACAUUGCCCUGUCUGUUUACUCAUCCUCACAAGAACCAUUACGGUGGCCUAACAGUCAUCUGGCGGAUCAAGAAACCGUACAACGGUACCGUGGUGUUUAAGUGUGUGAGCGACGGCAGCAACGACCCAUGCAAAAUCACAGUGAACUACAUGAACAAGUUCAAACUGAUCGGGAACCUUCGGAAUAACAAUAUCUCCAUCAGCGUCGAGAACCUGACGUGGGCAGACAGUAAUAAAUAUUAUUGUAGAGUGGAGCUGUCUAGUGAUCGGCACGACAAGUACGAAACAAAAUCGGGAACGUGGCUGCACAUAUCCGCCCCUCCCAGGAUUGUGAAUAUUACAGUGGGAUUUGAUCACCGCUGGGGCUAUCAUGCCGUCUGUUCAGCUGAAGGGGAACCUGUGCCCACCCUGGUCUGGAUCAAUCCUAUAAAUAACCAUGAAGACACAAUAAUUUCCGGGCCCAUCCUAAGGCACCAGAAGGCUACGGAACUCCAUAAUCUGAGGCUGGAAGGGAAGUACACAUGUGUGGCUACAAACAGUCAUGGGAAAGUGGAGGGAUCGGUGUAUUUCUUUAAGUUUACACCAGGGGGCAGCAGCAACAGGGCUGUGUAUGUUACACUGCUGACUGCCAUCGGGGCCAAGUUACUGAUAUUAUUCGUGAUGAUUGGCGCAGUGCGCUAUUACAGCAAAGAUGAGACGCAGAGUAUAGCUGACCCUGCAAGGUGCGCUCAGGACUCCACGUAUGAGAAUUACAGCCAGAGAGCUCGCUGACGUCGACACAGCGGUAUGGCCGACAGCUGGAAAGCGAACGUCUGUGUGCUCCGGUGUGAACAGAUGUGUAACAGGGAUACAUAUAUUAUACACUGCUGGCUAGGGCUUCUUCUUUUUCCAAAAUAUGACCUUUGUAUAGUGUUCUGCAGUUAUUACUCCAUUAAUCUGGGUUGAACGACAUUAAUUCCAGUGUGCUCGAAACGGAUUCCUACCAUAGGCCCUCAUUCCGAGUUGAUCGGUCGCAAGGCGAAUUUAGCAGAGUUACACACGCUAAGCCUACGCCUACUGGGAGUGUAUCUUAGCAUCCUAAAAUUGCGACCGAUGUAUUCGCAUUAUUGCGAUCACAAACUACUUAGCAGUUUUAGAGUAGCUCCACACUUACUCUGCCUGUGCGAUCAGUUCAGUGCUUGUCGUUCCUGGAUUGACGUCAGAAACACACCCAGCGUUCGCUCAGACACUCCCCCGUUUCUCCGGCCACUCCUGCGUUUUUUCCGGAAACGGUAGCGUUUUCAUCCACACGCCCCUAAAACGCCAUGUUUCCGCCCAGUAACACCCAUUUCCUGUCAAUCACACUACGAUCGCCGGAGCGAAGAAAAUGCCGUGAGUAAAAAUCCAAUCUUCAUAGCAAAGUUACUUGGCGCAGUCGCAGUGCGACUAUUGCGCAUGCGCACUAAGCGAAAUUUCACUGCGAUGCGAUGAAAAAUAACGAGCGAUCAACUCGGAAUGAGGGCCAUAGAGUAGUCGAUUGCAAAACAGAACAAUUCCAAGCAGAAUAUACAGUACACAAAACAGAGAUGUGUCUUCAUCGUGUACAUCUUUCCCGAGUGGCCCCGUCUGGUGCGUCGUGGACUCUGAGAGCGAGCCGCGCCACGCAUCCUGCCGGAGACUUCUUCACAAAACAUGCAUCUUAUUCGCAUUAUUACUGCAACAAAAGUACAAAGUGCGGAUAUCUGGUCCCUGGCAGUGCAUGCAACCGCUGUGUGCCACUCAGACACUAACCUGGAUAAUAGGCAAAAGACAGAGAUGACCCGCACCAUACCGUGUGCCGCGCAGUGUUGCCCUUAAUCUGAGACUUUAUACCAACACCCAUGUAAUAAAAAUAUUAUUAUGUAGCUAGGACAAUAUAAGCAAAUGUGUGUGUAUGUGUGUGUGUGUGUGUGUGUGUGUGGCUACAAUGCAACGCAAAAUUCUGAAAGUGCAAUUAUGGGA